AGGUUUGUUUACUCUUCGGCAAAAUUGUCACAAAAAUACUAAUAUUUGUUCAAAAACAAAACGUGAAAAUUUGGGGCAAAAAUAGAAAGAAUAAAUAGGUGAACCACGUUGAUAGAUAGAAUAUAACUUCCAGAUACAGAAACAAUGUCGGUUGAAAGUGGUGAUAUGCGCAAAAGUGCUCUAAUAACUGGAAUAACUGGGCAGGACGGUUCUUACCUGGCCGAAUUCCUUCUAGAGCGUGGAUAUGAGGUUCAUGGUAUCAUUAGGCGUGCCAGUACCUUCAAUACCGGUCGAAUUGAGCAUCUUUAUGCUAAUCCUCAGGCUCAUACUGGGGGCCGGAUGAAGCUCCACUAUGGAGACAUGACGGACAGCAGUAGCCUUGUUAAGAUCAUUCAGAAGGUGCGUCCUACAGAGAUCUACAAUCUGGCAGCACAGUCUCAUGUUAAAGUGUCCUUUGACCUCUCGGAAUAUACUGCUGAAGUUGAUGCAGUUGGAACUCUGAGACUGUUAGACGCCAUCCGGACUUGUGGACUCGAGAAGGCAGUUAAGUUCUAUCAAGCAUCCACGUCAGAGCUCUAUGGAAAAGUAGUAGAGACACCUCAGAAUGAGAAGACUCCGUUCUAUCCAAGAUCACCUUAUGCCUGUGCUAAAAUGUAUGGAUUUUGGAUCGUUGUGAACUACCGGGAAGCCUAUGGAAUGUUUGCCUGUAAUGGGAUCCUCUUCAAUCAUGAGUCUCCACGUCGAGGAGAAAACUUUGUCACGCGUAAGAUUACCCGAUCUGUAGCCAAGAUCUCUUUGGGUCAAAUGGAAAAUUUUGAACUCGGCAAUCUCGAUUCCCGACGUGACUGGGGACAUGCUAAAGACUACGUAGAAGCGAUGUGGCUUAUGUUGCAGCGUGAAACGCCCCAGGAUUACGUAAUUGCAACUGGACAGUCGAGAAGCGUCCGGGAAUUUGUUGAAGCAUCCUUUGCCUAUAUUGGUCGGGAAAUUGAGUGGAGAGGUAGUGGACUUGAGGAAGUUGGCGUAGAAAAAGGUAGUGAAAUCGUUCGUGUUAAAGUACAUCCCAAGUAUUUUAGACCAACUGAAGUGGAUAUUCUGUUGGGAGAUGCCUCAAAAGCCAGAGCUGAGCUCGGCUGGAGUCCAAAGGUUACUUUUCAUGAGCUCGUUAAGGAUAUGAUGGACUCUGACAUUGAGCUGAUGCGAAAAAAUCCCAUCGCUUAGAAGUAUACAAAAGCAUUCCGGAAGAUCUUAAUCUCCCAUUAAACACCAAAAAGAAACAACUUUCCGGGAGUAUAUAUCUCUCAAAAACAUUAAUCCUCCUCUGGGUAUCUGACCAUUUUCUUCUUUCUCAUCGUGAUUAAUUUCACCGUGGCCACUAUUUUUUUCCUAGCACAAUUCGACGCAACAAAAACCCAGAGAUAAGUGAGAAAAUUAAGCAAUUGCCACAGUACAAUUAUAGUGUCAAAAGUGGAAGAUUUCAGGAAGAUAAAUUGGUGAGAUUGCAACAUUUUUCAAUAAAGAAAUUACAUGAGUUUUGAGGGGGAUAUUGUGUAAUAGAUUAAUUUCUUAUCAAAUGAUCGAGUUUGUUGACCUUAUGUAUCAUUCCUGGAAAGAUACUUUAAUUUUUUAUACAAAUUGUAUUUUGACGAAAUAAAGAGCAUUUUAACACGAAAAUCAAACAAAA